CAGGCGCAAGAAGAGAUCGAUAGGGUAAUUUGUGACAGUCGUCUCCCUGAUUUCAGUGACCGAGAAAGGUUUCCUUGUAUAGAAGCAGUCUAUCUUGAGACUCUACGGUGGCGACCGACAAUUCCUCUCAAUGACUCAUGCGGUGCGUCAGCCUUUCCGCAUGCUACGAGUACAAGCGAUGUCUACAACGGAUAUUACAUUUCAAAGGGUGUAGAUACAAUCCCUGACGCCAAUCAAUUGUGCCAAAUCCUGAUUCCUUAUCUCCAGGUGUCAAUCGUCAAGCCAGAACGGCAUCUGUCAACUACAGGAGAGCUUCUGGAAGGUAUCACAUCGCCCUACUUUGACUUCAAACAGAUGGAAGUGUCCCGGACUGUAUAUCAAAGCAUUUGGGCCUCCAUUAUCUCCAGUUUGGCAAUGUUGCAAGUCGGGAAAGGGAAGAACGCGGCCGGAUGUGAAGUUGAUGUCAAAGCCGAGUUCACGGUGGGAUUGGGAUUGUCAGUGUAA